AUGAACCAUGCAUAUGAUGAAUUUGGGCAAGGGAGCCAGUCCCCUUACACUGUAGGUCGUGGUGCUCAUCCUGGUGCAGUUCUUCUAUCACCACAAUCAAGUGCGAUGAAUUUAAGCAAUUCCAUUGCGAGUCCAAUGGUUUUGUCACCAAAGAUGGGGGCACAAUCCCAUAGUAUGUUUUUCAACGAUGUUGUUGAUGUACAGCCACUACCUCAACCGGCUAUACCAUCUCAAAGUUCAUCAACAACUCCAGCGGCACCGGCUACUGCUUCUGCUGUGGCUGCCGCCCCAAAACAGGGUACCCAGGCUCCACAAAACUCUCAUGCCACGCAUAACUCAGCAGCCGGUUCUGCUGUACUUUCACCAAUGGUACAAUCACCAAAUUGUAAUCCAUCAAAUUUAGGUUCAGCAUCGAUGUUCUUGGACUCAUUUACAAGACCUUCUAGCACUAGCAUGUUAGGAGCUAAUUCUAAGCCUAAGCAACAAACACAACAAAAUCAACAUCCGCAGUCAUCACAACAACUACCACCUUCACAAACGGCAACAACGGCAGGGGCUGCAAGUCAACAUCUUCCACAGAGUCAACAACCGCCUCAACAACAUCAACAAUCAACUGUACCACCACCACCACAAUUGCCAAAUAACCCCGUUGUUAAUUUCACUCAGGAUAUCAAUCAGCUGUGUUCUUGGCUGUCAAUGUUAAGCAGUGCUCAACAAAAUACGGUCAUGGAUAAUUUGCUGUUUACAUUACACGAAGAUGUUCUUCAAUAUACAAAAUUGAAAUUGAACAGUUUGGUCAAAUCUGGUUUCAUCUCACCACAGGUUCCUGCAAUUGCCUCACCUGUUCCAAACAGAGACCCAUAUCCUUUGAUUAAUUUGGAUUCAGUUUUUACUAACGAUGAGGUUGAUAAUGAUCCAAAUGAUAAUUCAAUUUUGUUUCAGCAUUGGUCGCCACAACCCACCUCUGUUACUCAGCCAAUCUUUGACUAUAUCAAAGAUGUUCAUCAGAGACCAAAGUCUGCUGAUCCUCAUGUAGCAAGAGCCACUGGCCAUGCUCCAAGUAAUAACAAGCCAAAACGUAAUUUAGGCGUUGGUAACAACAACAACAACAACAAUAAUAAUAAUAACAUUAACAACAACUCCCAUGCAAAUGUUCAUAGUUAUGGUCAUAGUAGUAGUAAUCAUCAUUUUACUUCUAAGGCAAGGGCUGCUGCUGCAUCAGGUGGUGAUAUAGACAGUAGUGGAUCUGCUGAAUCGUUGUCCAGACCUGCUUCUCGUGGUAAUGUUCAAAAUGGAUCCGUUGCUAUCAAUGCUGCGCAUAAUAACAACACUUCCAUUGGUAACAAUACUAGUAACACUCACAGCGGUACCAAUAACAACAAUAACUCUACCAGUAAUAGCGCUACCCCAACUGGAACUACAACUGCUACUAAUGGUUCAUCGAUGAACCCAAAGACCUUGACUGAUCCAAGACUGCUGACGAACAUUCCCGUUUGGCUCAAAUCGUUGAGGCUACACAAGUACUCUGAUUCAUUGAGAAGUAAACGUUGGGAUGAAUUAAUUUAUUUAGACGAUGAAACUUUAGAAAAGAUGGGAAUUUCUGCGUUAGGUGCCCGUAGAAAAUUGUUGAAGGCCUUUGCAGUGGUUAAAGAGUACAAAGAACAAGGAUUGAUUGAUCAAAGCGCUUAUGUGUGA